GUGGGUCCGGAUGCCGUAAUGAUGAUGGCGAACAUCACAUCGGACAUAGACGAGAUGGGCGGCUCUUUCCACAGCAUCGUCGUGCCCGCGGAGGCCAGCAGCUCCACAAUUCUGUCCUUCCUGGCGCAGUGUUCUGCUGGAACCAGCGGUGCCGCUUACCGCCUUGCUGCCUACUUGGACAAGUUCACCCCCGUUGCUUUCAGCAAUCUGCGGAGCUACCUUCGGGACCAUCCCGAUACGCAAGGUUUCACCCUGAGUCGAAAGAAGCUUCGGCAUCUCCAGGGAGCUAUGGUGCCGGACUAA